AGAGGUCAAAGGGCAUCCAGCCGUCUUUCGCCCACGUCCCACGUGGUCAUUGAGAAAACAACAUGGGGAAGAAUAAGCCCACAAAACAAGCCGGAUCUUCACAGAAGCUUGAUAAACAUGAGAGGAAAAAGCCUAAGUACAAUGACAAGCCAAAUCAAAAUGAGCAUCUGGAGCAGAUUCCAUUCCGGUUACGAGAAAUUAUAAAGAGUAAGGAGAGGAUGAAAAUGGGUGCCAAGCAGCUGAAAAAAAUUAAGAAAUCUCUUGUCCCAAAACCUCAGGAUGGAGACAUUCCGAUUCCGGAAUUUCGCAGAAAGCAGAGUGAAUCAGAAACGUCCUUCUUGAAGCGUAUGGCACGAGAGACCGAUCAUGUCAUGUUCCUUACCAAGAACCAGCUUGAGCGGGAACCGGAGCUGGAGCUCAGUGAGCAGGAGCAGAAGGCAGGAAAACGCAAGUCCGAGAAGAAGAAAGAGCAUGGCCAGAACCGGUUGCAGAGAUUGCAUCAGAAAAAGCUGGACCGACAGGUGCAGAGGGAGGAGAAAGAGAGGUUUGAAGAUAAAGUAGAGUUUGGAGAGGUUGCCAUGGCUCCACCCACUUUGAGUGCCAAACCUAGGAAGGCCCCAAACAAGUCCACGGGGGCUUCAAAGGGGCUGCUGCUGAACUCUCUCCUAGGCCACACUCCUGUGUCUGUGGUGAAUCCAUCAAUGGCGAGGCAGAGGAUCAUGGAGGAAGAGCGGGUGCGUGUGGUGGAGGCCUACCGCCACCUGAAGAAGCAGAAACAGGAGCAGAACGCGCUCAGAGCCGCCAGCAUGGGCAAGCUGCUGAACCCCCAGUGAAGCGUAAUGGCGAGCACCACCAUCCCAAGGCUGCUGUCCUCCGCCUGCCAUCCCCAACAGUGGAGAAUGGGACAAGGGUGUUGCGCCAAAGACCUCAGGAUGCCAUGGGAAACCGUGCAGACAUGGCGAUUGGAAUCAAGUUUUGUGUUGGCCACACAGCGGGCAGUGGCAAGACCAGUGUGAUUGGAAACUAAGCUGAGUGCCACUAUGUGAUGGCCAAAGCUUCAAUGAUUCAGUUCAGGGCAGCUAAAAGAGUUGCAGGAAUAUUUCAGUGUUCUUUGAUGCUGCAAGAACUUUAUCACCAUCAUGUUUUCAAUUUGUACUACACAAAUUGCAGUUGCCAGGAUGAGUGGUGGACUUUCUUGACCACUAGAUGGCAACAUCAAACUUUCAAUGCAUCCACAGUGCCCGCAGCAUGUUUGGUACCUCCACUGAGUCACAAGAGAAGAGGACCAGAGAAGAGAGAAGUCUCAUCAAUAGCUAUGUACAUGCAUUGUACAUGCUUUUGGAAAUCUUGUUUUCUAUGUCUGAAGCAAAGUGUUUUUUUUUUUUUUUUUUACCAUGUAAGUACGAAAUAAGCUUUUCAUCUCCACAGAUUAAACCUUUAAUAAAACCAAGUGCCACCAUCUCUGCUUGAAUUGUAGUAAAUAUCAUUAACUAAAACAUUAUUUUGGUAGUACAAUUAUUUAGUGGUACAAUAAGCUGAUGUGCUAAUUCUGUUCACUUAAUAAGAAAAUGGAGCACUCACAGUAUCUUGCUCAAAACAUUUUUGUCUGUCACUUUAAAUCAGUACCCCUCCUGAAGCCUUUCCUCUUUUCCUUUGGGCUGUUUUGUUUUAGCCACCUGUCUGUGGUCACACCUGUGCCCAGGCCACUGAGCUUAAUGAGAGACGUCACUGGUCCAGACUCUGUGUGCCAAUGGUUUAGGUUGUCCAGGUGACCAUCAGUUGCUAGGCAACUGUGGCAGGUGCCUCUGAUGUUAAGUGGUGGCUUGAUUGUGCCUUCAGCUUUGGACUAUGCCCACUCAAUUUUUACACUCAUUUAUGGUCUUGUGUAUACUAGUAAAGAGUGCUCAUAAUCACUGUGAGGACAGUUUAAAGCCUGUGAUAUGCAUAUCUGAACCCAGUGGUCUCUCCAACACUCAAUGCACUUUGUAAUGAUGUUUGUACAGUGUCCACAUACAUCCUGGUAAACAGUUGACUGAUUUUGCAGCCAUGGAAAAUGAGUGAAAAGCUGAAAAGUCCUGGCAAAUC